UUGUAUAUAUAAUGCUUGCUGAUGAUGCAAUAGGCAGGACUCGAGAAGUCCUAUAAGAGAGCGUGAUAGGAAGUUCAAAGGUGGUUCGUGCGCGCAUUAAACAACAUUACUAUCACAGAGGGAGAGCGAGAGAGAGAUGGAAUGGCGGAAGGGUUAUCUCGACGCCAUACUCGUGCCAUUAGGAUUUCUGAUAAGCUUGGGCUACCAUGUUUGGCUGUGGCACAAGGUCCGGACCGAGCCACUUAGCACCAUUAUAGGCACGAACGCGAGAGGACGGCGCUUCUGGGUCGCCGCCAUGAUGAAGGAUAAUGACAAGAAGAACAUUUUGGCAGUACAAACUCUCCGGAACACCAUCAUGGGGUCGACCCUCAUGGCCACCACGUCGAUCCUCCUGUGCUCGGGCCUGGCAGCGGUGAUAAGCAGUUCCUACAGCGUGAAGAAGCCACUAAACGACUCUGUGUAUGGCGGGCACGGUGAGUUCAUGGUGGCCAUGAAGUACGUCACCCUCCUCACCAUCUUCCUCUUCUCUUUCCUCUGCCACUCCCUCUCCAUUCGGUUCAUCAACCAGGUCAACUUCCUCAUCAACACUCCGCUGCAGCAAGCGGACCCUGAGACAGCGUCCAUAGUCAACCCCGAGUACAUCUCCGAGCUCCUGGAGAGGGGAUUUCUCCUCAACACCGUGGGGAACCGGCUUUUCUACGCAGCGAUCCCUCUACUGCUCUGGAUCUUCGGGCCAGUCCCCGUGUUUCUUUGCUCGGUGACAUUGGUUCCGGUGCUGUAUAACCUGGAUUUCGUGUUUGGGAGUGGCCAGAAGUGUAGUAAGUUGGAGGUGGGGAAGAGAAAUGGUGACUUAGUAUGAUGCGAAGAGAGUGCAUGGAAAGGUUCUUUCUGAGGUUUUCCAUUUAAAACUGUAAAAUUAUUUGCCUUUAUAUGCUUAU